AUGGCAGAGAUUAGGGCUCAGACGUGGACUAAUAUGGGUCCAUUUAUGGAAGCUAUUCAAGCCAUCGCCCAUGGACAAGAAGAGUUAAGGCAGCCUGUUCAGACGCCAGAUGUUAUUGGUGAUCCAAGUGACGUUCAUCGAAAAGGUGUCAAUCUUAGCCAAGAGGUUCCUUUGAAUCAGAAUGUUAGAAACACUAUUCAAAAUCCUAUCAACGAGACUCUGCACCUUGAGAAUAUUUCUGUUUCGCCUUAUGAUACCUUUAAGUUCCCGACGGAUGAAGAUGUGGGUAAGUUUCGUCUUUUAGACAAGAGAUUGAAAGCUAUUGAGGAUCGUGAUUCCCUUGGUUUAGAUGCUGCUAGUUUAUGCUUGGUGCCUGGUAUCAAGAUUCCUCCUAAGUUCAAAGUCCCCAAUUUUGAGAAGUACGAGGAUAGUCUUAGUGGGGCGUCUCUUGAAUGGUAUACCCAGCUUGAAAGGACCAACAUCCGAACUUGGAAAGAUCUAGCCAAAGCCUUUUUCAAGCAUUACAAGCAUAACAGUGAUAUGGCUCCUACUAGAAUUCAACUUCAGGGUUUGACUCAGAAAGUUGAUGAGUCUUUUAGACAGUAUGCACAAAGAUGGAGAGAGUUAGCUGCCAGAGUUCAACCGCCCCUUUUGGAACGAGAACUUGUUGACAUGUUCAUGGGCACUUUGCAAGACCCCUAUCUGAAUCGGAUGGAUGAUGAAGAAACAAGUACAAUUUCAGAAGUUGAAGAAGAAGGUCAUGCUUAUUCUCCAGUUCAGAUCCCUUGUUAUCAGAUGACAGAAGUUACUCCUAAUCAGGAUGCUCCACAAAUCUGUGCUGCAACUAUUAGUCAGCCACCAAUUGAGUUUGUUCAACAAAAGCCAUAUCAAUCAGUUAAGUAUGCUCCUCUGCAGCAAAACUAUCAACAUGAUCAUCGUCAACAGGGUAGGCAAAGGUACAGGAAGCCAAAGAGAGUGUUUGACAUGAUUCCUAUGCCUUAUAGUCAAUUGUUAUCUCAGUUACUCGAGCUUUCUUUAGUGGAAACCAAGCAGUUGGAUCCUGUUAUUCCUCCUUAUCCGUUGAAAUUUGAUCCCAACGUCAGAUGUGGUUACCAUGCUGGGGCACCUGGUCACUCAAUUGAAGACUGUAAGCCAUUUAGAGAUAAGGUACAAGACCUGCUUGACUCGAAGACUAUUGUUUUCACACCAAACGGUCAGAAUUAA